ACAGGCCAUUUUCUUUCUCUCGAAGCUCCUGCUUCUCCAUUUCUCUCCCCUCGAAAAGCUCCCAGCUUUCGCCGCCUCCACCGUCGAUUCUCGGCCCCUUCUGAUUCUCCGACCAUGCUGCUCCGCGCCGCCCCUGCUUUUUCGCUCCUCGGCCCCGCCGGCGACAGCCUCUCCCCGCCGCCGUCGUCUUCCCCUGCGGGGGCGAAUCCGGCGGCGCUUCGGUUCUCGAGCGGCGGGCACGGAGGCUCCCUGGUGGUCUGCGCGAGCAAGGAGUCGAACAGCCGGCCGCUCACCGGCGUCGUGUUCCAGCCCUUCGAGGAGGUGAAGAAGGAGCUCGAUCUGGUGCCCACCGUGCCUCAGGCCUCGCUGGCGCGCCACAAGUUCGUGGACGAGUGCGAGGCCGCCAUCAAUGAACAGAUCAAUGUGGAGUACAAUGUCUCGUACGUUUACCAUUCCAUGUAUGCCUACUUUGAUCGGGAUAACGUUGCGCUCAAGGGACUUGCCAAAUUUUUCAAGGAGUCGAGCGAGGAAGAGAGAGAGCAUGCUGAGAAGCUGAUGGAAUAUCAGAACAAGCGAGGUGGAAAGGUAAAGCUGCAAUCCAUUCUGAUGCCCCUUUCCGAUUAUGAUCAUGUGGAGAAGGGCGAUGCACUUUACGCAAUGGAGCUCGCAUUGUCUCUGGAGAAGCUAAAUAAUGAAAAGCUUCUGAAUUUACACAGUGUGGCUGAGGGUAACCAUGACGUGCAAUUGACAGAUUUUGUUGAAAGUGAAUUCUUGGCUGAGCAGGUGGAAGCCAUCAAAAAGAUCUCAGAAUAUGUUGCUCAACUUAGAAGAGUGGGCAAAGGACACGGAGUUUGGCACUUCGACCAGAUGCUCCUACGUGAGGAAGAAGCAGUGGCAUGAUGAGGUUGCUUUCUCGAUGCAGGCUCGGAAAAUGUUGAUGCAGGGUCCUUUCGUACUCAUCGAUCUUCAGUUGACAUUUUUGGGUGGUUUUACGAGUCGUAUGAUGUCUCAGAUAGUGCUCGUGUUAAAGACAGUUGCAGUGCAGCUUUUCUUAUGAAACAGUUGAUCCGAAUAAAAGAAUUUUUUUGUGGUUCUUUGUCCA